GGUCCUUCUCUUUAGUCAGGCAUGGACUGCUGCCUAUCUGAACAUCAGUAAUACAAACUGAAGCUGCUUCGAAGUCAUUUUGACACACCAGCAAAAUAUUACAGGAACGAUUCUCGCUCUGUUUUAUCUCCAAGAAAACCUAUUUUGGAAAUACCUCUCUGUACACUUUUUUUGGGGGUGUGCUUCUCUUGAAGGAAUAUGGCUCCUUUUGCAUUGCAAGUUAUAGGCCUAAUAUUUGGAGGCCUCGGCAUGAUUGGGGCUUUUGCAGUCGCUGCAAUGCCUCAGUGGAGAGUGUCUGCUUUCAUUGGAGGUAACAUUGUGAUAUUUGAAAACAUUUGGGAAGGGCUAUGGAAGAAUUGUGUAUAUCAAGUCCACAUCAAGAUGCAGUGUAAAUACUAUGACACUGUGCUAGCGCUCCCACCUGUUUUAGAAGUAUCCAGAGGACUGAUGUGUGUUGCUGUGAUACUCUCUGUUAUUGGCUUUCUGUUAACCAUUACUGGCAUGAAAUGUACUCGGUGUGUUGGGGAUAACAACCGAGUCAGGAGUAUCAUUCUGCUGGCAGCUGGGAGCAUUUUUAUCAUAUCUGGGAUUCUAGUUCUGAUACCUGUGUCUUGGACUGCCUACAACAUCAUUAGAGACUUCUAUAAUCCAGCAAUCCACGCAGGCCACAAACGAGAACUGGGAGCUGCCCUCUAUUUAGGCUGGUUGAGCUCAGCAUUGCUCAUUAUUGGAGGAGCACUAUUUUGUAGCUUUUACCGUCGUGGUGACAAACACCGAAGAGGGAAGUAUUCAUCACAUGCUUGCCAUGGACUGCCCAACUCUGAAUACAUGGAAACGAAAGCCCAAACCAAGCAUGCUUAUGUCUAGCUGCUUUGUGAGUUUUCUCUUCAAUGUUUUAAUUUGCAGUGAUGGACAUUAGUUCCUCCAUAAGUGGCUAAAGGAGAAGUUGUUUGGGUCAUUUGUAACUCACUGUUAUCUAUCUAAUCUAUCUAUCUAUCUAUAUAUUAUAAGUCUUGGAAAGACUAGAUCAUGUCAGUAAACAUUGAUUUCCCCCCACACACAGAUCAAAUGAAUAUUUCCAUCUGACACAAUCAAAAUUUGCAGAUAGGCAAAGAAAAAUGCCUCUUGAGAAUUUGAGUGAGCUGAGGGUAUUUCCUUUAUGUUUUGCUGUGUGAUAUUGACAAUGUGUGUGUGUUUUAACAGUUAUAAAAUGUUAACUUUUUUAACUUUUGUGCCUUCUGAUCUUAACAUUCCAGGUAUUCAGUAAACCAGAUUGCCUGAAAGGGUUAAAACUACAGACAGUGGAUUCUAGAAUCUCCAGGAAGGCUAGAGAAGCAUACAUGAGUUGGCAGAAAGCCCAGAGGACCAAUGAAUACAGAACAUGCAUUUUUAAAUUAGGAGUAGUGACCUUCCUGUUCUACCCUUUGCAUGACCAGAGGACAGCUAGGAGACAAACUGAGUUAGGAACAUAGCAUGGAGUAGCCAAUGCCAGACA